UUUUUCGUCGUCGAUGCGCAACUUUGCAGAAAUGCAAGCUUGGAGUGCGCAUUUUCCGGACUCGCUGCCACGGGUGUGACGUCACCAGCGACCAGUCUACAAAAGGAGCAACGCGAGAACAUCGGCUUCAGAGGGCAUGGCACUUGGCUGACAAGCAUGAUGCCUAAAACGCCGUUACUGCUGUUGCAGGUUAGUUACUACUCUACGUAUCGCAGUGAUAAUAGAUGCUUGUUCGUCCUGCCAUGCCCUCGUAGAUGUUGUGCUAUUUUGGUGGAUUGCUGGUCAAUACUGCUGUUGCUGCUGAUGGCCGGGGAUGUUGAGGAAAAUCCAGGCCCAAAAACUGCUGAAAUCUUGCAGGAAAUUCUGGGAAAUCAAAAUGCAUUGGAUCGCAAGAUAGAUGAUAUCAAGAAAGAAAUUGCAGAAGUGAAUGCUAAAACUGAUAAGAUGCAAAGUGUGCUAGCCAUGUUCGACGAAAUGAAAACUAGAAUAGAUAAAUUGGAGACCACCGUACGAAAACAGUCUGAAAAGUUAAUCGAUUAUGAAAAUAGAAGCAGACGAAAUAAUCUUGUGGUGUUUGGUCUUACUGAAAGCGCGAACGAGUCUGCACAAGUGUUAAAUAAACGCGUUGUAAAUGACAUUUUUUCUAAAGUUCUUGGCAUAGAAAUCACUACAGUGGAAAGAAUUCACCGGAUUGGCAAAGUAAAUCCUGAUAGACCAAGGCCUGUGAUCUUGAAAUUUUAUGACUACAAGGAAAAGAAUACCGUCCUCAAAAGCUGCGCAAAGCUAAAGGGAACUUCAAUCAGGAUAAGUAAUGACUAUGCGAAGGAAACUGUGCUGAUACGAAAGAAGUUAUGGGAAAGUGCUGCCUUGGACAGGGACGCAGGCGCAAAAGUAGUUCUUGUGCACGAUAAACUUCGGAUAAACGAUCAGUUAUACGCAUGGGAUGACGUCAGAAACAAGCGCUACUUGCUCUCGGGCAAACGUGAUACUGAUCAAAUGAAGCGAAGUGAGCGUGUUGUAUCAAGUAAGUCAAAUGGAUCUGAUAGCUCAUGCAGCUCAUUUGAGACACCAAAAAAAUAGCUAAGAUUGCUCUCGUUUAAUGCGCGCAGUAUAGUAAACAAGACUACGCAUCUUGAGUAUUUAUUGCUUUUGCACGACCCUCACAUAACCACCAUAACCGAAACAUGGUUGCAUGGAAAUGUACCGAAUGAUUGCAUUGUUCCUCCCAGUUACAACAUAUUUAGAAAAGACAGAGACUCACGUGGAGGUGGGGUGUGUAUAAUAGUUAAAAGUUCUCUGAAUGCUUCGUUGAUUGAUUGUGAAGUACCAGAAACUCUCUGGUGUAAAAUAACUCGUGAAAGUACUGUUUUUCUUAUCGGAGUUGUAUAUCGGCCACCCUCAAGCUCCCCUGAGUUUCUCGAAAACCUGAAUAAGUUUUUAUAUUCUCAUGUAAAUGGGAACACUAGGUUGGUAAUGACUGGAGAUUUUAACCUACCGCAUAUAGACUGGAAAAAUUUUUCGUAUAGUGGUGUGGAUUCAGUAAGUGCUGAAAAAAUACUAGACAUUAUGUUUACGUACAAUUUGAAACAAAUCGUGCUUGAAGAUACUAGAAUUACACCGACGUCAAGGUCAGUACUAGACUUGGUGUUCCUAUCAAAUAAAAUAAAUGAUUACAGUGUGACGGUAGAAGAUGGUAUAUCGGAUCACAGGAUGAUCUGUCUCGAUGUGCCUAUCCGAGCAACUAGAAAAGUGAAGAGCUAUGUUCCAGUAAAAAUUAAGGACUAUGCUAGGGCUGAUGACACUUCGAUUCUUGAUUUUUUGGAGAUUCAAUUUGAUACUUUCAAGAGUACCGCUGGUCUAAAAACAGUAGAAGAAUUAUGGCAAGAAUUCAAAUGUGUUAUAAGUCAUUGCAUAGACAAAUAUGUUCCAUCGCGGGUUAAAAAAACAAAGCAGACAAGUCCUUGGAUCACUCGAGAUAUAAUUCAUAUGAAAAGAAGAAUUAAGAGAUGGCGUAAAAGGAACACGUCGCCAGUGGUCUUGGCUAAUCUAAAAACUGAACUCAAGCGUACUUUGGCUAAAUCUAAACAAACAUUCUUUGAAAAAAACCUCAGCGAUUUCCUUAGGUCCUCACCACAAAAAUUUUGGCGAUAUUUUAGCGACAGGAAAGAAAUGGUUGACGAAAUUCAUGUUGGAAGCAACAUUAUAAGAGAAAAGGAUAAAAUAGCAAGCAAUCUUAACAAUUUUUUCCAAUCUGUAUUUACCGUCCCAGAAACUACUGUGAGUAUAGAAGAAGCCUUACAUAUUCCCCCUACUGU